AUGGAUUCAAGUUUAGAAGAUCCGAAUUAUGACCUAAAUAUGAACAUGAUAGAUGAGGAAGGGCCAGAUGAGGAGGACGAGGAUGAUUCAAAUAAUGAUGAAGGAGAUGAAUUAGUUUCGCUGUUCGCAUUUAUGAAGCUAAAACCUCCAUCAUUCACUAGUUCCACCAUGGGAAAGGACCCACGUAGAUUUUUGGAUACCAUGGAAAGGAUUUGUGGCACUUUAGGAACUUCAAGCACAAGGUUAGUAACAUUGGCUAGUUUUCGUCUUGAGGAUGUGGCACAGUUGUGGAUUACAACAUACAUGUGGGGUAAACCUAGUAAUGCUGGUCCACUUGGUUGGAAGGAAUUUGAUAAAGCCUUCAUGGAUAGAUUUAUGCCUCGUACUAUGCAAGCGGCUAAGGCUAGAGAGUUUGAGGCCUUAGAGCAGACACCCAAGAUGAUGGUAUUUGAGUAUGAUGUGCAGUUUACGCAAUUGUCUAGAUACACCUCAUACCUUAUGUCUUUUAAAGAAAUGAGAGUGAAUUGGUUUGUGACUGAAUUGACUAAGUACCUAUUUAAAGUUGUUGUUCUACAAAGGACUGAGUACCUAUUUCGAUGUAGUGGAUUGUGCUCGAUUAAUAGAGUGCCGUAG